UCGCGCGUUAACAGCUUCUUCUCUUGUUGACGAGCAUCAUUGCAGCUCGUCUUGGAAGAUUACGCAACAGAAAUCAUUAGCACAAUGCAAGCGAACGUUCGCCGGCGUGCAGCGUGCUACACGGGCUUCGUGCACCGACACAUUUAAGCGACUCGUUGUUGAAAAGUGCGCGGCAUCUCGCUCGGAAAGAACAGUCAGCAGCCGAGCGGCAAGCCGAUUGCUUACGUUCAAUCUUGCAACGUCAGGAAAAAAGUUGUGCUCCGUACUCGCGUGGAAUCGCCGUUAGCCGUUAACAAUGAAGACGGACACAUUUAAUCAGCAAGAGAUCGAAAAGAUCGUUGAUCGAGCUUUUCCCGGUGAGGAAGCGCGAGCGUUGAACUAUCGCUUGAACAGAUACAGCAAGGACAAGGUCGGAUUUUUGGGCACUCAUCAGAAUCUCGAAAUCACGGUCAAGCGUCGCGGCAGCAACCAAUCUGAAAUUCUUCGAUUUUUCGUCAAGAGUUUGCCAACGUUGACGGAAGAGCAAUUGAAGUUUAUACGCGAGCGCGAUCUGUUCGGUCAAGAAGCGUCCUAUUUCAACGACGUUCUGCCGGUUUUGAAGAAAGCUUGCCCUUCCACGGACGACUGGUCCCCCCGGUGUUUUCUCGCCACCGACAAGUUGGUCGUGCUCGAGGACAUGCGUCUCCGCAAUUACGCCAUGUCCGACACGAAAAUGCUGAGCGAGGAGCAAUUGAAGGCGGCUUUCAGAGCGCAAGCUCGUCUCCACGCGGCCUCGCUCGUCGCCGAGAAGCAAUUGGCUAAGCCGCUCAACCAAGCCUAUCCGAAAAGCUGCGGAGAAGCGAUUUUCAACGACGGCAUGCUCGAGUCCAAGCGGCUCCAGCUGUACACCGAUCUCGCUGAAAGAGUGGCCGAGAGGUUGGGUCGCGACGGUCGACGCAUCAGCGCGGGAUUCCGCAAAGGUUUCGAUCAAAUGUACGACCAGAACCAGCUGUCGACGAGGUUACCGAAAGUUCUCGAGCACGGCGACGCCUGGCCCAACAACUACCUGUUCGAUGAGAGUGAUCCGCCUAAAUGCGUCCUCGUGGAUUUCCAACUGACUCGCUACGGACCGCCGACCUACGACUUGCUACUGCUCGCAUAUCUCAGCACGAAUCGCCAAACUCGCGAGAAAGUCAUAGGCGAAGCGAUCGAAGCCUAUCACGCGCAAUUUUGCAAGGUGCUGGAACAAAACAACCCUGAAAUUGAGAGGCCAAGUUUAGAUGACGUACUGGAAGAAUACGAACAACUUAGGACAACUGCCUUAUUGUGCGCUGUUAUGUACUACCCAGUCAUCUGGGUGGGCCAGUCGACUAUUGAUAAGUACGAUGAAGAGGAACGAUAUAAAAGGCUGAUGUUCCGCCAAGAUAAUUCAUUCGUCAUGCAAAUCUACGACGAAGACGAAAUAUUCGCUGAAAAAAUGAACGAAGUCAUCAUAGAGACUGUUGAGUAUUUCGAACAACGAGAUGUACCGAUCGAAAUGAACAAUGAUCUGCAUUAGAAUCUGUGGAUGUACGGGUUAUCUUCAAAUAAAUGCUUCAAAAACUGAUCGAAAGUUCAUUGAGUAAGAGAAAAAACCAAUUUUUUAGUGUCAAACUGAUUUGAAAUUUAUUUCAAAAAAUAUC